AUGGCUGUUUUGAUGCUGCUGCUGGUGCUCACCAUCGGAGGAAGUUUAUUUUGCUCCUCCGUCGACGCUCAAGAAGCUUACGACAAACUCGACGAGCCCUUCAAAAAAGGCGUUAACUUGUCCCUGGAGAAGCUGAGCAACCACUCAAGCAUUCAGAACCACUUUUUGUUCUUCAGAAGCGUCGCGAAGUCUGACGUUGAGGCUGGCUUUGACGUGGUGUUCAUCUACCACCACUUUUACUUGAAGCCCACCAAAUGCCCCAAAGGAACCACAGAUCCGUCCGGUUGCAGCUUCAGGAACGAUGUUCCCAUGAUCGAUUGCGCCAUUUGUUACAAAACCUUCCAAGGAGACAUCGAGGCUGAACCCAAACCCUAUCUCAACUGUCUCCACAAGCCCUCCGUCACCCCGGAGGUGCGGACUAACCGAAUUGAGCAUUGCAACAGGUUAGCGUACAGCCACGGCGCGACAAACCUUCUUGCCUCGACCGGAACAGACAAGAUGGCGUCGUUGCUGCUUCUACUGCUUUUUGCCUGCAUUGGAGGAUCCGUGUGGCGGUCCGCCGAGGCCCAGAGCCCGCUUCCUGAUGACUACAAGAUGAGCGUAGACCUGGCCUUAUCACGGCUGGAGUCUACACCGCGAAUUUUUCGGUUCUGGAAGACUUUAGAGAAGUCAAACUCUGAGUGUUGCUUCGGUGGGAAAUAUUACUACCACCACUUUCAACUCAAGCCGACUUCAUGCGUGAGAAGCCUCUGGACGACAAUUUUGGCCGACUCUUGCCCGUUCGUAGAUAACGCCCCUCUCGUGGACUGUUCGGUGUGUUACAAAGCAGAGGGCGACAUCGUUCUUCAAGACUUUGUUCACUGCGUCCAGAGACCCAGACUGACUCGGGACAUGGUGAAUCAAAGGAGGAGGACUUGUGACGCCAUGAAUUACAGAACUGGAAGUUUGUCCGUCGCGACAAGGAGCUUUCAACCACAAUAA